UAGAGAUGAAAACACGCAGUUAUAGAGUAACAAAGUUUCCUCGAUUGCCUUAAAGAAUUAGAUAAUAUUACGCACGGUCAGGCGAACAGCUUGGUACAUCUUAAGUAAAAGUUUUGACUGGCACGCGCUUAAACGUACACUAUUUAAUAAUAUAUUCAGCUCGUAAGAUUCUCGAGAGCUGAAGUUUUUCUCAAUGGAUAAGUCGAGGAACUUCCGAAUAGACGCUCUGUUGUCAGAGAGCUCUCAGCGGAUGGCGCGCGAGGCUUCGCCGGGACUGUGCACCGACGGCACCGACAUCGAGCCUGCGACCUGCAAACGGACAGAGAGCUCUCCUCCCCGCGCUUUCCAGCUCCAGACGGGGGUCAUACCCAAACCGGGCAUGCUGAACAUCUCUCACCCAGGAUUAACGUCGCUUUCCCAAGGGUCUAUUCCGGGAAUGUAUCCCUCGCCUAUGUACUCCAUCACGGCUCUUGGAGCGCAGCAUCCCACCUUCGCGUAUUCAGGCUUCGCGCAGCCGUACCCCGAGCACCUAAAAGCGGCGGCCGUGGCCGGUUCGUUUCCGCUAGAGCACUGGCUCCGCGCUGGACUCAUAAUGCCUCGCCUCGCAGACUACAGCGGGGCACCUCAGUCUGGUUUAAUAGGAAAGUGCCGGAGACCACGCACGGCCUUCACCAGCCAGCAACUGUUGGAGCUGGAGAAUCAGUUCAAACUCAACAAGUACCUGUCACGGCCCAAACGCUUCCAAGUGGCCACCUCUCUCAUGCUGACUGAGACUCAGGUGAAGAUUUGGUUCCAGAACCGACGGAUGAAGUGGAAGCGCAGCCGUAAGGCUAAAGAGCAGGCUACGCAGCUGGAAACAGACGGCUCCAAGUCAGGCAAGAGAGAAACCAAGCCCAAAGACCUCAGUCGCUGCAGUGCACAUGAUGACGAUGAGGAUCUGGACGCCGAGGAGGAAGACGAAGAAGAGGAGGAAGAGUUCAGAAAAUCGAUCAACGCAGGCGUGGGUCUUCCUCACCCCUCGGACUUCCUGAGCUACAGCUCUCACGGCUCUUACUCUGACGACGACCUAGAAGAGAUCGGAGGAGACCGAAAGAUCAGGCUCGGGUUAUGAAGAACUGAUGGCACCCGCACGUCCACGAACUGGACGGGUUUAAAGACUGAAAGCUGUUGAUGUCAAAACUAUCCCUUAGACCCAACGAGUUCCUUGUCCAUGACGUUUGUAGUCAAAAAAUGUCUUAAUUCAUGAAAAUGGUCUUCCAGUUUAUUUGCACUUAAUAUUUUUCUUGGAACGCUGCUUGUAAACUGCAAAUGUAUGCUAUUUCAGACUAACGUUUUUUUUUUUCUUAUGUGAUCAGAAUAUUUACUUUAUGUGCUAACACGGACAUUUCGGUUGAAAAAAAAGGAAAGCUGUUGAACCAAAACGAGGAAGCCUCGCACUGAAACGUCACAGGCUGACACUUGUGCUCACUGGUCUCUUGAACACGUUUAAUUUAAUAGUGCGUAGUCAAGAGUGGGUGCUGAAGAACAGAUGAUUGUCCAGAGGUCAUCAAUGUCAGCUUUCUUUCAGUAACCAUUGACUGGAACACGGAGGAACUGCUAAAUCCUCUGUAAAUAUUGAACAAGGGCAAACUGUGAACGGUGCAUUAGUUAGUCCAUUAGUUUAUGUCAUGUUGUUGAUGUUGGUGUCUUUAAUGUUAUUUAACUGUUAUAGAUUAUAUCUAAUUUAUUCAACCGAUAUCAGGACUCAGUCUGAAGGAUGUGUGACCUUUAAGAUUGCCGGUAAAACAUGUACUUGGAGACAAAAGGGAAAUAAACAAAA